ACAGGAAGGUGUGUGUGUGUGUGUGUGUGUGUGUGUGUGUGUGUGACAGCAGCUGAAUGACACACGGCAUCUCAGAGAGACAAAGAGCGAGCGAGGGUAUUUUCUCAGCGGUUUCUUCUGACAAUUUUGUUUGUCCAUAGAUGUAGAUGCCGCAGAGUGUGUGUGUGUGAGUGUGUGCGCGUGAAGAGCAGAGAGUGUGUGACAUGCCUGAGGAGGAAAUAUCAGUAACAUAAAAAGAAAUGGAUUUGUCAAACCGGACAGCUCUGGAUAUCUCCACCAGGAACCCUCAGGACGACUUUGAGAUCCUGCUGAGAGUCGGAGGAGGGACGUACGGAGAAGUUUACAAGGCACGAAACAAGCAGAAUGGAGAGUUUGCAGCCAUCAAGGUCAUCAAGAUGGAGCCAGAGGAUGAUUUUUCCAUCAUCCAGCAGGAAAUCGUCAUAGUGAAGAGCUGCAAACAUCAAAACAUAGUGGCCUAUUAUGGCAGCUACAUACGAGCGAACAAGCUGUGGAUCUGUAUGGAGUUCUGUGGAGGAGGCUCCCUGCAGGACAUUUACCACGUGACCGGUCCUCUGUCGGAGCCACAGAUCGCCUACAUCUGCAGGGAGAUGCUACAGGGCCUGGACUACCUGCAUGCACAGAAGAAAAUCCACAGAGACAUCAAGGGUGCCAACAUCCUCCUCAAUGAUCAGGGCGAGGUCAAGCUGGCUGACUUUGGGAUCUCGGCUCAAAUAACGGCCACACUCGCCCGCAGGAUGUCGUUCAUCGGGACGCCAUAUUGGAUGGCACCAGAGGUGGCAGCGGUGGAGAUCAAAGGUGGCUACAAUGAACUCUGUGACGUCUGGUCGGUGGGAAUCACAGCCAUCGAGUUGGCCGAGUUACAGCCGCCAAUGUUUGACGUCCAUCCGCUGCGGGUCCUGUUUCUCAUGUCCAAGAGCGGCUACCAGCCUCCCAAACUGAAGGACAAGUCUAAAUGGUCGUCCAUGUUUUAUAACUUUGUGAAGGCCAUGUUGGUGAGGAACCCGAAGAAGAGACCCAGCGCCUCCAAGAUGCUCUCGCACAUGUUUCUGACCCAGCAGUGUCUGAACCAGGAGCUGACCCGAGACCUGCUGGAGAAAUAUCGACACCCUGAGAAACUGAAGACCAACCUGGUGACUGAUGACGACGAGAUGGAGGUGGCGCUGCCUGGAUCCUUAAAGAGGAUUCAGUCGGUCAACAAACACAAUAAGGCAGAGAGGACAAACUCUGACAUAAGCUUGGAACAGAUCUACACUCGGAGGCCUGUGAGGAAAGACGCACCACACACAGCGUUAAGUGCUUCUCUGGGAUCGACGGGCAGCAGCAAGAGUCCAGCCAGGGAUCAGGAUACAGACUCAGACGACGACGACUACGAUGAUGUGGAUAUCCCAACAUUACAAAGCUCCAGUCUCACUCUCAUGCCGACUGAUGAAACGCCGCCUCCACUCCCUCCAAAGCCCAAAGUGCGGAGCAGCUCAGAGGAGAGCAUGGCGGGGGAGGACGACCGGGUGAGGAAACCCUGCUCUCUGUACGCCCCCUCCUCACCCCUCCUCAGGACAUCGAGCGGGACACACGUCAGACCCACACCCAAACCCCGAUCCACCCGGCACUCAGACCCUGCUUCCUUACCAGUCCAGCUGAACGACCCCCGAGCCGACCUGUCCCCUCCCGAGCUCCCCCCUAAAGGAAUACGCAGACGACAGGUCACGUCAAAGGAUCCCACGGAGUGUGUCAGCCCCGUCAUGAAGAAACCUCCCGUCUACUUGAAAAAGAUCUUCCACGGCUGUCCUCUCAAAAUCAACUCCUCGACGACCUGGGAAAACCCGGCUACCAAAGACCAGCAUCUGAUCCUGGGGGCGGAGGAAGGAAUCUACACCCUGAACCUCAGCGGCACAGAGGCCACCAUGGAGCUGCUGUACCCCGGGAAGUGUACCUGGGUCUACACCAUUAAUAACAUCCUCAUGUCUGUAUCAGGUAAAUCGUCGCAGCUUCACUCCCAUUCGCUCAAAGAGUUGUAUGAACAGGCUCGGAAAGACCAGAGGAUGGUUGCCUUGCCGACUCACAGACUGUUACCAAGGAAAUUUGCAGUGACGUCAAAAAUACCAGAUACAAAGGGCUGCAAGACAUGCUCAGUUGCGGAUAACACGCAGCUUGGUUCUGUGUUCCUGUGCUGUGCUCUGGAGUCCAGUGUCGUGCUGCUGCAGUGGUACGACCCCUUGCACAAGUUCCUGCUUAUCAAGAACUUUGACUUCCCUCUGCCCAGCCCCGUGCGGGUGUUUGAGAUGGUGGUGUCGCCCCAGCAGGAGUACCCGCUUGUGUGUAUCGGGGUCUCUCGGGGGUCCAGCCCCAACCUGCCGGUCAUUGUAGAGUACAUCAACCUGAACUCCAACACGUCCUGGUUCAUCAAAUCUGGUCUAGAGAAACCUUGUCCAGAUGUAGUUCAAGUAAACCAACUGGACUCUAGUUCGCUGCUCGUCCUGUUAGACAAGUCAGUUCAUAUAGUCGGACUGGAGGGGGAGCUGAAGAGCAACAAGCCUCUGCAACAUGAGACCUUCACUCAAAAUGUGGAUUCUAUAGUGUAUUUUGAGGACUCACUGCUGGCGGUGUGGCGUCACGGCUGGCAGAGGAGAGGACGGAGUUUCUCUGAGCUUCUGGAGGAAAACACCGACCCGAGGAAAAUCUACAGACUGGUUCACUCAGACAGGAUGGUGAUCAUGGAGACGCGUCAGACGGACGACCAGACGGGGCUGUCCAACCUCUACGUCGUGGAAAUAGCUGAGAACUACGUCAUGCUGCCAUGAGUCUGCUGCCACAAGGUAUCAUGGGAAAACUCCCUAAACACCUCCUCUACUUCAUGGAUGCCUCCACCCAGGACUUUUCAUCUGUCGUCAUGAUGGACGAGGAUUCAUCACCGCCACAGAAUUUAAUUUGGAUUUAAUAGCAGAGGAGAAGGACAAAGAUGGCAGCUUGUUGUGCUGCAGCCCUUAUCUCCCAAAUCUGCUUUUAUUUAUGCUGAUUUUUGUUUGUGGCAAUCGCAAAGAAUAAUCCAGAACACAGACAACUGAGAAAAUAAAGACAGAAAAGAUGGAUAUAUACAGCAUGGCUUGCUGAAUGUGCAGCAUUCAACAUAAAAGGACUUAAACCGCACUGCUCUGUCCCACGUUGUGUCACCUUAUGUGUCAUUGUUGGAUCAGAGGUACAAACUUGUGAUGUCUGCCGUUACACUGUAAUAAAAGUGAAUCAACACAAGAUGAUGUGAACCGUAUUCAUCCUGAGCAGAAACAGAGCAAAACGAGUUACCAUCAAUGAAAGCUAGUUAAAGAGAUUAUUUGGUCCUGUACAGACUGUAUUUAACGUGCAAAAACUGUGUCAUACUCAUCCUGGACUGUUCAAUGUAAAAGAAAACUUUUUAUUAAUAAAUGAAUCCAUCAUGUCAAAGAAAGUCCCUUGUUAGCUUUACAGAGGCAUGAAGAUGAUGGAAAACAACACAUCUGAAUUUAAAGCAAACACAUUGACGCUGUAAUAUUUACAUUCUGCUUCAGGAGAUUUUCUUUGAGUUUCAUUAUUUAGGAAAUGUUUUGUUUUGAUAUUUCACAACUCAAUAAAGCCUGAAUGUCA